AGCAGCAGCAGCUGCAGCCCUAGCAGCAGCAGCAGCAGCUGCAGCUACAGCCCUAGCAGCAGCAGCAGCUGCAGCUACAGCCCUAGCAGCAGCAGCAGCAGCAGCUGCAGCUACAGCCCUAGCAGCAGCAGCAGCAGCUGCAGCUACAGCCCUAGCAGCAGCAGCAGCAGCUGCAGCUACAGCCCUAGCAGCAGCAGCAGCAGCAGCUGCAGCUACAGCCCUAGCAGCAGCAGCAGCUACAGCUACAGCCCUAGCAGCAGCAGCAGCAGCAGCAGCUGCAGCUUCAGCCCGAGCAGCAGCAGCAGCAGCAGCUGCAGCCCUAGCAGCAGCAGCAGCAGCUGCAGCUACAGCCCUAGCAGCAGCAGCAGCAGCAGCAGCUGCACUAGCAGCAGCAGCAGCUGCAGCUACAGCCCUAGCAGCAGCAGCUGCAGCUACAGCCCUAGCAGCAGCAGCAGCAGCAGCUGCAGCUACAGCCCUAGCAGCAGCAGCAGCAGCAGCUGCAGCCCUAGCAGCAGCAGCAGCAGCUGCAGCCCUAGCAGCAGCAGCAGCAGCUGCAGCUACAGCCCUAGCAGCAGCAGCAGCUGCAGCCCUAGCAGCAGCAGCAGCAGCUGCAGCUACAGCCCUGCAGCCUGA